AUUUUGAAAGUCGGGACCGGAAAGUUUUGCUAUCAGUUAGCUGCCUGGAGAACUGUCUCAGCUGAAAAAAGAUAAACGUUGGAUAAACGCAACAGGACAGACUGAAUAAAAAUGGCCGGAACGGCUUCAGUAGCUGGUGAGGUGUUCGUCGAUGCUUUGCCAUAUUUUGACCAAGGCUACGAUGCAGCAGGUGUCAGAGAAGCGGCUGCAGCAUUGGUUGAGGAAGAGACCAGAAGAUACCGGCCGACCAAGAACUACCUGAGCUACCUGCCAACACCUGACUUCUCUGCGUUUGAGACAGAAAUUAUGAGGAAUGAAUUUGAGCGACUUGCGGCUCGGCAGCCCAUGGAUCUCCUGAGCAUGAAGAGAUAUGAGCUGCCGGCGCCUUCAGCAGGACAAAAGAACGACAUCACAGCGUGGCAGGAGUGUGUUAACAACUCGAUGGCUCAGCUGGAGCACCAGGCAGUCCGCAUUGAGAACCUGGAGCUCAUGUCACAAUAUGGAACCAACGCAUGGAAAGUCUACAACGAUAACUUGGCCUUCAUGAUUGAGGUGGCACAAAAGGAACUUCAGAAAUUUAGGAAGCAAAUUCAGGAUAUGAACUGGCAGCGUAAGAACGAUCAGUUGGCAGGAGGAGCCAAACUGCGAGAGCUGGAGUCAAACUGGGUGUCUCUGGUCAGUAAGAACUAUGAGAUAGAACGGGCCAUCGUCCAGCUGGAGAACGAAAUCACUCAGCUCAGACAACAGCAGGGGGACGAGAACAAGGAGAAUAUCCGACAGGAUUUCUAGAGCAGCUUCCACCCUCACAGCACUGAUGUACAAACUAAUGAUCCCUCAGUCACAGAGUUCGGCUUGUAUCAGAAGACUUACUGGAGUAAGACACCAGAGGAGGGAAAGUUACCUGUGUGGUGAAGACUGAAUGUGAAACUGCAUCAUCUAUUAACUUUGACAUUCAGAAGGAGCUGCCCAGAAACCUCAGUGACAAAACUCUUACUCUACUGAAAAACAGUGGUAGAAGGUGGUGUAAUGUGACUUUUUGAGUGAACUGUUUAUUGUUUUUUUUUCUCCAGGGAUCAAACAUGUUUAAAGACUAUGUACAGUCUGCAAACAAAAUGGAAAGUUGAAAUCAUGGGCAAUAAAAAAACAACAAUUCAAUACACUCAUGGGUUUUGUUGCUGCACUACAACCUCACAUGGUCUGGUAUGACCAGUAGCUUAUGGUGGCUAAUGUUAGCUAACUUUAGAAAGACAUUACUGUGUAACUGUGUCUCUGCUGAGUCAGUUUUCCGGCUUGAAGAUUCUUUUCCUCUUGAGCUACUGUUGUACCAGCAUUAGCAUUGAACAUUAUUUCAUAAAUAACAUGUGACAUAAAUCAGCAAAUGUUACACUUUAAAAUGUUAUUUAUACCAGCGUGUAGCUGUCAGUCUUGUAGGCUGCCUACCAACACAGAAGUGUGUUUAGAGUAGAGUGUACAUAAUUUGUCAGGUCUGUUGAAGACAAAAUUAUCUCUGUAAGCCCACUUCUAUGACUUCUAUUCAUGUAAUUUUUUUAUGCUGUUUUAAUAAAAUGAACAUUUCUUAUA